GCGAGCCGAUAACGCAUGCUAUCUACUGUUGGCAACCGAACAAGACCGUUAUCGAGGAGCAGCAGUAUAGCAUGCACUAUUCUCAGACCUUGUGACCCAUCUACAACAAUAUAGAGAAUCAGACCUCGUGCUGGGCUGGGAAAAGGAAAACGUGGUUUUGGCAGGGGUGGAGCGCGGGGAGCCAACCGAUUGACCCAUGUGCGGAUUGCUUGGCCCUGCAUCCGCUCCGAGGCCGCUUGUCGGCGGAAAACUAGAGCACCACACCGUCACUGACGCGCCUGAACCACGCCGACCGCCUCUAGCCUGCCCGCGGCACGCCUCUAGCCUGACCACUAGUUCCUCGUGCAACUGCGGUGGGCUUCUCUCUCCCGCUGCCCUCAUCACCAACCCGCUGGCACCCUCACCCACAACCACUCUGGCCCGUCCCGAGCGGUACCGUGAUAGCCAGAGCAACGAGGCAUUCGAGCUCCAGGAGCUCCCCCAACCAGCAAGGACCACACCGAGGGCAAGGCGGGAGAGCAGGCGGGCACGAAAGAGACGGGAGAAGCUCGAGCGGCUUCGCGAGGCAGACGAGAUGAAGUUCUCGCACAGCCUGCAGUUCAACGCCGUGCCCGACUGGAGCAACCACUACAUUGCCUACAGCAACCUCAAGAAGCAGAUAUACACCCUCGAGAGCCGCCUGAACCAGCAGCAUACGCAGACCGACGCCGAAUCGUCGCCGCUCCUGACUGGCGCCAUCGACGACCCCGACAAGAUCUUCACAAAUUUGUUAGACGCAGAGCUAGAGAAAGUAUGCUCCUUCUACCAGCUGAAGGAACUCGAGAUAUACGACGAGGUGGAUCACCUGUUGAAGGAUGAGGAGAAUUACGAGGAGGAGCAGGAGGUCUAUGAGCAGGAACAAGAAAAUGGUCCACCAGGCAGGAAGGGACGGAGUGGGAGUAUAUUCAAACACAUUGGCUUCCAUCGUCCGCGGAGAGCAAGCAACGCGAGUCGGCCUUCGACUACGGAGGAAUUGGACGAGGACGACUCGGAUGAUGACGCCAACGAGACAUCUCAGCUUCGGCGGAAGAGCCAGGACGGGCAUCGACGGCGGCCGCAUUUCGACGGCCAGCACGAGGACGAUAUGUACUCGUCUGUUGACUUCACGUCAUCACGGCGGAGGACGAGCAUGGCUUUCGACGACUACAAUGACAUGGCCUUCUCGGCCCUCUACGACGAAGGCGUAUCCCUGAAGAAACGAACUGUCAGCGUCUACGUCUCGCUGUGCGAGUUGCGCUCAUUCAUCCAACUUAACAAAACGGGCUUCGAAAAGGUGCUCAAAAAGUACGACAAGAUCCUCGAUCGCAAGCUGAAGCGUGCCUACCUCGAACAGCAUGUCUACCCUGCCCAUCCGUUCCUCCAGAGUACAAUGGACAAGUUGACCCAUAACUUGAACCGAGUGGAGAUUGCUUACUCACGCAUCUGCACCAAAGGCGACGUGGAUGAGGCGAAGCGCGAGCUGAGGCUACACCUUCGAGAGCAUGUGGUCUGGGAGCGCAACACGGUAUGGCGAGAGAUGAUCGGCAUCGAGCGGAAAGCACAAGCCGCCAACAUCGGCCUCGCACACACCCUGCUUGGAAGAGAUACAGAUCCCAGGAAGGUACGACGACAAGGGGACGAGAUUGAAUCCGAGAUCAAGGAGGUCGCCACACCUGUGGGCAAGUAUCGGUGCCCGGCCUGGCUCCUGAGCGUCAAUUUCUGGCUGUUCGUCGCCAUUUUCGCCGUCUUCAUUGUAUUGCUACUGGUCCCGAUCAUGGACAAGCCAGAGCAGCAGAAUUGUCUCGCUUUGGUGAUCUUCGUCAGUCUGCUCUGGGCUUCCGAGGCCAUUCCUCUAUUCGUAACAUCUCUGUUAGUUCCUUUCUUAGCGGUCACCCUCCGUGUUGUGCGAAGCGACGUAAACGGUGCGCGUCUAGAUGCGAAGCCCGCCGCAAGCUAUGUCUUCGCUGCGAUGUGGACACCCGUCAUCAUGCUCCUUCUCGGAGGUUUUACGAUCGCAGCAGCGCUAUCCAAGUACAAUAUUGCCAAAAUGAUGGCAACUUUCUGCCUGAGCAAGGCCGGCACCAAACCUAGGACGGUCCUCAUUACCAAUAUGUUUGUCGCCAUGUUUGCUAGCAUGUGGAUUAGCAAUGUCGCCGCUCCUGUACUAUGCUUCUCCAUUAUCCAGCCCAUCCUCCGCAACCUGCCCGCCGACUCCGACAUGACCAGAGCCCUCCUCCUUGGCAUUGCGCUCUCCUCCAAUAUCGGCGGUGCCGCGUCCCCCAUUGCUUCUCCGCAGAACCUCAUCGCGCUACAGAACAUGGCUCCCGAGCCUUCGUGGGGUGUAUGGUUCUUCAUUGCCCUGCCGGUCUGCAUCAUCUCCAUCCUCUUGAUCUGGAUGCUUCUCCUCGUGACCUUCAAGCCUGGCCGCAACACGACCAUCGUGCCCAUCCGCCCACUCAAGGACAAAUUUACGAGCACUCAAUGGUUUAUCAGCAUUGUGACACUACUUACGAUUGUGCUAUGGUGCAUCAGCCAUCAACUCGAGCCCAUCUUCGGCGACAUGGGUGUCGUUGCCAUCAUUCCGCUGGUGCUCUUCUUCGGUACUGGCAUUCUCAACAAGGAAGAUUUCAACAACUUCCUCUGGACCAUCAUCAUCCUCGCAGCCGGCGGCCUAUCUCUUGGCAAAGCGGUCAAUUCUUCCGGUUUGCUUCACACCAUCGCUCGAUCGAUCACCGAGGGCGUCGAAGGCAUGAGCCUCUACGGUGUGCUCGUUGUUUUUGCGGCUUUGAUCCUAGUAGUAGCUACAUUCAUUAGCCAUACGGUAGCCGCACUCAUUGUACUGCCGUUGGUCAGAGAGGUUGGCCAGGGCAUGGACCAGCCUCAUCCGAAUCUUCUUGUCAUGGGUUCCGUGCUAAUGGCGAGUGCAGCCAUGGGCCUGCCGACUUCCGGAUUCCCGAAUAUGACGGCCAUUAUGAUGGAAGAUCAGCGAACAGGCCAGCGCUACCUCGAUGUCAAGCACUUCCUUACCCGCGGCAUCCCCGCGUCUAUAAUCACAUUUUUUGUUGUUAUCACGGUCGGGUACGGGCUGAUGCUCGUGGUUGGCUUCUAGUCGAUUUGCGCCGCUUUUGUGCGUAUGUAUAGCUUCACUUGUUUGAGUAUCUAGCAGUGCAUGGGCGGCGAUUUGCAUACACAUCUAUCAGAAAUUGCGGACUCGGGCGUUCAAAACGGGCGAAGUUUGAGCACGAGUCCACAUAAUAAACAGUUUACCGGCGCGGUUGUGGAAUAGAAGUCUUCAGGGUUCUACGC